UUUAUGACAAUGAAUCAUGUUUUUAAAUGUUAAUAAAGAGUAAUUGAAAGACAGCUUUAAAGAAUACAGAUAAAUCUUUGUAGCAACAAUGCUCCGACCCAGAAGUGAGUUGAUCUUAAGUACUUCAGGCUGCUCCGCGUUGCAAACAAACACCGUUCUGCAGUGGAAAUAUUUGGUAUAUUUCCAUUUCAGGAAACAUUGCUUGUCAUCUGCAAAUGCACAUUCAGUUCAAACCACAGAAAGAGAGAAAAGCAUAAAGAUUUUCCCAGAAUGAAUUCUGUCUCUGCAUCAUUAUAGCUCAGUUAAGAUCCACAGUGACAAAAUGGAAAACCACUCUGAAGCCUAAUUGUUGAAAAUUGGUCUUGUUUUUGGAAACUGUGAAUCCUGUGUCCUCCAGGUAUCUUGGCUUCCCAAAUACUUAAAUAGUGUGUUUUAUUCAAAUUGACACAAUGGUGAAAACCUCCUUGUUUAACUCCUUUAUGUGUCACUGAACAGUUGCACUUUUUAUGUACACCACACUCAUAAAAGUCGUCUGUAGCCAGUUGCUUCCUUAAUCAGAGAUGUAUGUGCUCUUCACGCGCAAAAAAAAAAUACUUCUUCGGUUUUUCUUUGUUGUUUUGCUUUUUAUCACAUUUUCAAAUGAGGAUUUCAUCUAUUUAUGGAGAAAAUCUAACAAAAAACAUCUAGUAAUGUCAGAUUUUGUGAUCGAGAAGGAAAUAAAUCCAGAAAGGAAUAUUAAAGUUACUUGAAGAGGGUUGAAAUCCAUUUAUAAUAAGACUUAGAAAAGAUAAUGAUGACAGAAGAAAAGGACAAACAGCCCGGAGGACUGCAGAAAAUAAAACAGGAUGGAAAGGAGGAAAUUAAACUAACUGGCUUUCGAAGUGGGAAAGUGGAUAAAGGACAAGGUUUGACAAACUGGUGAAACUGGGAAAGAACCUUAACACAUAAAUAAAACACUUAAAUACAGAUGGAGAGGAUGUCACUAAUCAAACUCUAAACAGUAACACCAAAAUAGGAAUCAAAAACAGUACUCAGAAAACACAACAAGAGCAAAGAAUCUCAACACAAAGGAAUGAACACUGUAUGGAACAAUGUAGGUGACAAAAAUCAACAAAACUAGUCCAGUUCACAACUGAAAACACAAACAUUAAGAGAUCAUGACAGGCUCUAUGAAAAUAUAACUACCUCCUUGUUAAAUGCCAAAUUAUCUCUGAUUACCAUAUUUUAUUCAAUUUCAUUAAUCACACUGGUGCAGAGUUGUCAAAUAAAUUUAUAAUUCAGUUCAUUUAUGACUGUGUUUUCAAAAAGGAAACAGUUUAAGUCAUUUAAGUUCUGGUCAUCGCUGGUUUUAUAUCGGAUCGGAUCGGUAUUGGCCGAUACCAAACCUCAGAUAUCUGCAUCGGUAUCCAUAGUGAAAAAAGUGGAUCAGUGCAUCCUUAUCAGAGACAUUAGAGUGUGUGUGGCAAAAAAAAGCACAAAAUAAUCUUGGGGGGGGGAGUAAAAACUUUUUAACAACAUCAUACUUUAACAAAAUACUGUAUUUCUCUUAAUCCAUUGAUUAUAACCUCUUGUAUGUGAAGGAUUGCAGGGGAGCUGGCAUCUGCCUCCAGUAGCAGCGGUGGACAGUACGUUUACUUGAAGAUUGCACUUAAGUACAUUUUUUGAGUAUCUUUACUUUACUUGAGUAUUUAUUUUGGGGAAGCUUACAACUUUCACUCCACUCCAUUUCAAAAACAAAUAUAUUACUGUCAACUCCACUACGUUUCCAGGAAGCUUGUCGUUACUUGUUCCUUUUUGCUCAGCGUAGCUUUAGUCCGCUGUUGCUGUUUUCUUUCCUGAAAUGCAAUUAGCCACAUGCUGUGCUCCUCGCAGUCACCGCUCACACCUGGGAUUGGGGCGAGAGGGGGACAUUUUCAAUAAAAAGAAAAGAUAAAAAUGGCUUUUUGCUGCAGUUUUUAUCCUGAAGUCUGUACAGUUGUAUUCUUUUUGUCGAAACAUCAUCUGGUGGUUUCAGGAAGUUACAGCGUUCUGUAGAAGCACUCAGAAAACAACACAGCAAUGUAUUAAUAUUAGAAAAUAUAAUUUGAACCGUUGAAUACUUGAGUAUUUCUAAAUGAAUGCACUUUUGAGUAUUUUAGUAUUUUUAAAAGUUUGAUUAGAGUAAACUUUUGACUUGUAGCUGAGUAAGAUUUGACCAUAUCAAUACUUUUACUCAAGUACUAGAGUAGAGUUGUCCACCUCAGUCCAUCGCUGGGUUAGAGGCUGGACAGAUUGUCAGUCUGUCUAUGUACUUCCAUAAAAUAUUUGAGAAAAACAAACGGAGAAGAAGUCUCUGUUCUGAUAUAUGAGACAUUAAAAGGAAAAUAUGCGUGUGCGUGAAUUAGAGGCCACCGGGGCCACCGGGGCCCCUCUCACUGAAAGAGGCAGUCUGUCUCUUUCCUGUGAAGUGGGACUGACUGUGUAACUUGAGUCGGGAUAAAAACUGUGCUCCGGAUCCGGCUGCCCGUCCAGAUGCACAGAGACGGAAGGUGCAGGAUGGAUCCCGUCCCGCUGCUGCUCGUCCUGCUCGCAUCGUGGCCCCUGUCCUCGGCGGUCUACGAGGGGCCCCUCCAGCCGGAGAUCUCCAACGGCACCUUCCACCACUUCUUCGUCCCGGACGGGGAUUAUGAGGAGACGGUCGACCCGGAGCACUGCCAGAUGCUGUUCAAGUUCUCCGACGUGGUUCCGUGCGCGGCCGCGGAGGAGAGCGACGCCGCGGUGCGCGACGACUUCAUCAUCACCAAGCUGCAGGCGGAGGACGCGGCGCGGCUGCUGGAGGGCAUCGGCCGCGCCGUGGCGCACGACCUGGACGGAGAGGACAGCUACGGGAAGUUCCUCCUGAAGGAGAUCUCCCAGAUCGGCGAGGCCUUCUCCAGCGUGGACAAGUCGCUGGUGGAGCUGGAGGUGAAGUUCAAGCAAAGUCAAGAGACUGAGCUGAGGGAGGAAGAGCAGCUGAACGGCUACGUGGUGAAGCAAGUGAGCGACAUCAGAGGCGCUCUGAGGGAAACCACCGACAUCUCUCAGGGACUCAGAGACAGACAUGAGCUGCUGUCUCUCAUCAUCCGCAGCCAUGGCACCAGACUGAGCCGCCUGAAGACCGAGUUCCUCAAUGUGGGCUCAUGAAUGUGUUUGGGAGACAGUGAGUAAUAUAAAAGAGCCACCCAGUUCAUCAAGCAACUUUAAAGUGUACUGUGGUUUGUGAAUAUGCCUCUGAAGUAUUUCACCCUGACCUUUUGGGUGUUCUCGUUCCGCUGAGCUAUGCGGGGAGCUGGAACAAAAAUAUCAACACAUUCCUGUCAGACAGGAGUGGGAAAAAAGCAACGAGUGGAUGAAUUAUGGCUGUGCCACCACUACUAGACGGGGUUUGUUCGGUCAGAAUGAUUAAACUUAAUGUUCUCAGAUGUCAGUCUGUAUUAUUUGAACGUUAUUGAUAGUUCAUUGAAUAAAUAUAUAUUUCAUAACAA